CACGAAUUAUGGAGGAGAGCCAAGACUUGCAGUUCAACGGUUUGACCAUUUUUAACUUUCACCCAUAACGGCAAAAUACAAAGUGGGUCCAAGUGAAACUCAAAGUCAACGAUUUGUGGUUCAUCUCGUUGGGAAUUGGGAUUUGGAUGAAUAAAAGCCAUGUCUGGUUGCUGCAGAAGUCAACAAUGGCGAUGAGGAUGAUGAUGAUUGAUUCCUUAGUUUAAACACGAUGGGUUGCAAUACCUCAAAACCAGCUCCUUCUCCCUCGCAUGACCGCUCUGCUCUUGCUUCUGAUACCCCUUUUUCAGAGGGGGAGAUUGAGUAUUUGCAUAAGCUAUUUCAGAAACUGAGCGAUUCCGUAAUCAAAGACGGCCUAAUACACAAGGAAGAACUUGGGCUUGCAAUCUUCAAUAAUGUGAACCAAAGGAACCUCUUUUUGGACAGGAUUUUUGAUCUGUUUGAUGCUAACAAAAAUGGAGGAAUUGGGUUUGAGGAGUUUGUUGGGACACUGAGUGUCUUUCAUCCCAACACUCCAAAGGCAGUCAAGAUUGCACAUGCAUUUAAGCUGUAUGAUCUUAGGCACACUGGGUUCAUUGAGCGUGAAGAGGUGAGAGAGAUGGUGUUGGCUCUUCUGUGUGAAUCCGAUCUAGUGCUGCCCGACGAUGUAGUUGAAAUGAUUGUGGAGAAGAGUUUUAGUGAAGCAGAUGCAAAGGGAGAUGGUAAGAUUGAUGAGGAAGAGUGGAAAGCAUAUGCGGAACAGAAUCCUUCUCUACUAAAGCAUAUGACUCUUCCAUAUCUCAUGUAUGUUUCGAAUCUUUCAUCUACUGAUGCGAUACUUGUGUGGUGUAUGCUGUGUAUGGCGUCAUAAAAGACACAAGGCAUUUGCUUACAGGGACAUGACAGUAGCACUUCCCAGCUUUGUGGAGAGUGGAGUGAAUAGGCUGUGAUGUUGAGGCUUGAUGAUCAAG